CGUGUUAUAGAGAGCACCGUUGACCUGCGUCGUUUGUCGACGAAAUGUGUGUUUCAGAUCAUCAGGUCAGCUAUAGCAAUAACUAGAAUUAGUUGUCUUUUUGGUGAACACCAUGGGUAAAAAGGAUAAGGCGGAUCGGGACAAGAAGUCCAAGAAACGGUAUUAUGAAGAGGAUGACGAUGAGGAAGAAGCGAUGGGCAGCGAGUCGCAGGAGGCCAUUCCUGCCGCAGCGGGGAAACAGGUGGACGAAUCUGCCACAAAAACUGACGAGUACGGAGCUAAGGAUUACCGCUUGCAAAUGAUCCUGAAGAACGAUCACUCCUCGCGACCUCUUUGGGUGGCCCCUGAUGGUCAUAUCUUUCUGGAGGCAUUCUCCCCAGUGUAUAAGUAUGCACAGGACUUCUUGGUGGCCAUCGCUGAGCCAGUGUGUAGACCCACUCACGUCCACGAGUACAAACUGACAGCGUACUCUCUGUACGCUGCAGUGAGUGUGGGACUGCAGACUUCUGACAUCAUAGAGUACCUCCAGAAACUCAGCAAAACUUCGGUGCCUGACGGCAUUAUACAGUUCAUUAAGCUGUGUACUGUGAGCUAUGGGAAAGUCAAACUGGUGUUGAAGCACAACAGGUAUUUUGUGGAGAGUGCGUUUCCUGAUGUCAUUCAGAGGCUGCUGCAGGACGCAGUGAUCCGUGACUGUCGCCUUCGCUCCGCUGAGGGGGGGGAGACGGAGCUCAUCACUGAGAUCAUCUCCAGCAAACCAGCUAUCAGCAAAUCACAACAGGACAAUGGGGGUCCUUCUACAUCCCAGCCUGGCGAUGGCCCUCGCUCGGGCUCCCAGGUCCCUGAGGACAUAUUUAGCUACUACGAACAGAUGGACAAAGAGGAAGAGGAAGAAGAGGAAACACAGACUGUCUCCUUUGAAAUUCGGCAGGAAAUGAUUGAGGAGCUGCAGAAGCGUUGUAUUCAGCUGGAGUACCCACUGCUGGCCGAGUACGACUUCCGUAACGACACGGUCAACCCAGACAUUAACAUGGAUCUGAAACCCACGGCUGUGCUGCGACCGUACCAGGAGAAGAGCCUUAGGAAGAUGUUCGGUAACGGGAGAGCCCGUUCUGGCGUGAUUGUUCUGCCCUGCGGUGCCGGCAAGUCUCUGGUGGGCGUGACGGCGGCGUGUACGGUGAGGAAGCGCUGCCUGGUGCUGGGGAACUCGUCCGUGUCGGUGGAGCAGUGGAAAGCUCAGUUUAAAAUGUGGUCGACCAUCGACGACUCCCAGAUCUGCAGGUUUACCUCCGACGCCAAAGACAAGCCCAUCGGCUGCUCGGUGGCCAUCAGCACCUACUCCAUGUUAGGCCACACCACCAAGCGUUCCUGGGAGGCGGAGAGGGUGAUGGAGUGGAUGCGUAGCCAAGAAUGGGGCCUCAUUAUACUGGAUGAAGUGCACACUAUUCCAGCGAAGAUGUUCCGGCGUGUUCUGACUAUAGUGCAAGCCCACUGUAAGUUGGGACUGACUGCUACUCUGGUCAGAGAAGAUGAUAAGAUUGUGGAUCUGAACUUUUUGAUCGGACCCAAACUGUAUGAAGCCAACUGGAUGGAGCUUCAGAACAACGGCUACAUUGCUAAAGUGCAGUGUGCAGAGGUGUGGUGUCCAAUGUCUCCGGAGUUUUACCGCGAAUACGUGGCCAUAAAGACGAAAAAGCGAAUUCUGCUCUACACCAUGAACCCCAACAAGUUCCGAGCCUGCCAGUUUCUCAUCCGUUUCCACGAACGACGCAACGACAAGAUCAUCGUCUUCGCCGACAACGUCUUCGCCCUCAAGGAGUACGCCAUCCGCCUGAACAAGCCGUACAUCUACGGACCGACCUCGCAAGGAGAACGAAUGCAGAUUCUUCAGAACUUCAAACACAACCCCAAGAUAAACACCAUUUUUAUCUCCAAGGUAGGAGAUACGUCGUUUGACCUGCCUGAGGCCAAUGUGCUCAUUCAAAUCUCCUCUCACGGGGGCUCUCGCAGACAGGAGGCCCAGCGACUUGGAAGAGUGUUACGUGCCAAAAAAGGAAUGGUGGCUGAGGAGUACAAUGCGUACUUUUACUCGCUGGUUUCUCAGGACACACAGGAAAUGGCCUAUUCUACCAAGAGACAGCGUUUCUUGGUGGAUCAGGGCUACAGCUUCAAGGUAAUCACAAAGUUGGCGGGGAUGGAGGAAGAGGAUUUGAUGUUCUCCACUCGUGAGGAGCAACAACAGCUCCUGCAGAAAGUUCUGGCAGCUUCUGACCUGGACGCUGAAGACGAGGUGGUGACGGGGGAGGUGGGAAUGAAACCACAGUUCUCUCGACGGGCUGGCACCAUGAGCUCCAUGUCCGGUGCGGACGACACAGUCUACAUGGAGUACCAGAUGUCCCGUGGCAACAAAGCCGCCGCGGGCAAAAAUAUUCACCCCCUCUUCAAACGUUUCCGAAAGUGAGCGUGCCCCCCACCCCCACCCCCCCGACGGUCACUGACGCGCUUAAACCUCCGGUUAUCCACCUCACAGCUACCCUCCCAUUGAUGAGGAGCUGAACGGGACGAGGAGGACCGAAGGCUGUGUGGAACAAGAGUCAAAGAUAAAGUACUGCUGUACUACAGUACUACCGCAAUGUUUGUGUACUCGGGUGACUAUAACGGACGAAGAGGCGGGGAGAAGAGGGGGCUACAGAAGAAGUGAACUGCUGUUUAUAGAGUCACAUGUUCUGUAACAGUGCCCCCUUUUUUUUCUCUCCAUUGUACAGAAUUUGAAAACAAUAGCCCUCCCACCAAUGGGCUUUAUUAUUAAUAUAGAGAUUAUCUGUGUUUACUGUUUUGUAAUCAUCUCAGUAGCUUUUCAUAAAAUUAAAAAAAAAAAAGAGAGAAGAAAAU